UUCGAGUGCGCCUGGAACCUCCUCGAAGCUAAAUACGGGGACCCUGGUCUUAUCAUCAAGGCGCACGACACACAUCUCCAACAACUACCAUCGUUCAGGGCUGGAGACUUCGACGGUUUAUUCAAAAUGGCGACAGCCGUUCGUGAUGCGGUGUCCAGUGUAAGCAGUGAACACAUCUGUAUGUUCAUGUCAGUGGUCGGGACCCUCCACACCAAGCUACCUAACUAUUUCCAGGCAGACUGGAGCAAGCACGCUUAUCUCCUGCGGAGAAUACCAACUCUUAAAGAUUUUGACGUAUGGAUCGAUACCAUAAUGGGAGCGGAAGAACUUCGCGGUGCCAAGAUUUCCACAGCAGGCGGCUCCAGUGGUAGCAACAAACCACCUAGCAACCUAACCAAUGCCAACCGUCAAACCAGCGGAAGCAGUAAUUACGGUGUGCGUGGUGGCCCAACUAUUCUGAAUAACUACGCUGAAUCCUUGCUGAGACAAACAGCCGUCGAGUGCCCGGCAUGCAAUGACAAAUCGGCGCAUCGCCUGGAAGAAUGCAAUACUUUCGCCAGAAUGACGGUUAACGCUCGUGCCGUCCUUUGUGCCCAGAACAAUCGCUGCUUCAAGUGCUUGAUAAAAGGACACUACGCGUCGAAAUGUAGAAGGCAAAAUGCAAGUUGUACUGACUGUGGCGCUGCACACCACAAGCUUCUGCAUGGAGCAGAAAGGCAGUUCCCUGUAAGCUCAGGACCCAAAAUUCUAAUGGUCAAGUCCCCGCUAAACUCUAUCAAGCCGGUGCUUCUCGCAAUUGUUCCAGUUGUCAUUGAAGUGAAAGGUGCAGUAAAGUCAACGUUCGCCGUGUUAGAUCCUGGUAGCGAAGCCACUUUAAUCACGCGACCUUUGGCCAGUUUUCUGGAUUUGAAAGGGAGUCCGGCAGUAAUUCGGUUCGGCUCAUUCAGCAGUUCAGUCGAAAUUUUAACCGACGUGGUCUCAUUCAGCCUGCAUUCACUCGACAAAGCCUGUUCAUUCGAGCUGGAGGACGCAUUCGUAGUCCCGAAAAUUAAUUUAUCUCAUAGAAAAAUCAACUGGCCCGCAAUUAAACAUCGAUGGUCGCAUUUAGCACAACUCGAUUUACCAGCCUUAGACUCGUCUAGCGUCGAGAUCCUGUUGGGAAUGGACGUCGCAGCCGCGCAUCAAACUCUUCAAAUGUUAGAACCGCUUGCUGGAGAGGAUGGGCCUACUGUCUACCGCACACGUUUUGGGCUAGCUGUAGUCGGAAGAAUACCAAAGUCUCUCGUGACGGGACCAACUACCAGGAGAACAGUAAACUUGCAAUCUAUACCCCCGCUGCUACCUUGUAUGAUGGACCGAACGCACUCAUUUCAACAACCUACGGCGCGAAUAUCAGCGGCACGCAGCUUGCAGCAGCAAGAAGACAAUCAAAUGCUCGACAUCAUGAAGCGGUCAAUAAUAUUUACCAUGUGCGGUUAUCAGAUUGACUUGCCUCUACGAACAGACCAUCCCGAAAUACCGAACAACAGAAACCAUGCGAUUUCUCGCUUCCACGGUCUAGAGCGUCGGCUUACCGAGCCUUCUAUGCGCGAACUAGCAAGUCGCUACGAGCAAAUCGUCGAAAAACUAAUUUCAUCAGGAACAGUCGUGCCAGUUGCCCGGUCAGCCAUCGACGAGCCGAAAGGCUUGGUUUGGUAUUUGCCACACUUCUUUGUAACCAAUCCAAACAAACCUGGGAAGACCCGUGUCGUUUUCGACGCAGCCGCCCGAUUUCGUUCAAUUUCCUACAACGACUUAUUCUUGAGAGGUCCACCUUCUAUACCAAGCCUCGUAGGCGUACUCCUACGAUCUCGUCAAUUUCGGGUUGCAUUGUUUGCAGAUAUCACCGCCUUCUAUCAUCGCGUCGGUGUCGCAAAACAUCACCAGUCACUCCAACGCUUCGUCUACAGAAAAUUCGGCAGUGACGCACAAAUUAACACGUACCAAUUCACAACUCUGAUAUUCGGUGCCAUUUGUUCAUCGUCAGCCGCUGUGUUUGUGUUACAGCACGCCGCGAACAAAUGCUUUGAAUUCCCAAUCGUCGCAGAAAAGAUGAAGGAUAACUUUUACUCCGACAAUAUGAUCGACUCCUUCGAAACGGAAGAGGAGGCAAUGGAUUUCGCACGGCAGGUUACUAAAUCUCUCGAAGCUGGCGGGUUUACCCUAACCGCGUUCGCAUCAUCUUCAGCCAAGGUCCUUAAAUCCAUCCCGAUGCAGCACAGGUCACACCAAAUAAUCGAUCUCAACCUUGACGGGUUGCAAAUAGAGUAUCUACUAGGACUAGAAUGGGAUAUCGCAACGGAUACAUUUUGCAUAAGAACGAGGCAGUUACCUUCUGUGGCAACAAAACGACAGCUAUCAUCAGCUAUUUCACUCGUGUUUGACCCCUUCGGCCUGUGUUUACCUGUCAUAACAGGGGCUAAACAAAUCUUUCAAAAGACGCACAAGGAUUCGCUAGAUGACAGCUCGCGCCGCGGGUGGGACAGCCCUCUACCAGAGGAAACUCUAGUGAAGUGGAAUGAUUGGACCACUCACUUUCACAAGCUGUCUUUCCCUCGCAUUCCUCGGUGUUUCCGUGAUCACAGCUUCCCCCUCCAUGGCACAAGCCUCCGCCUGGUGGUUUACGCCGACGCAUCAUCAGUCGCAUAUGCAUCAGUGGCAUACUUACGCUGCCAAUUCGAACAAAAAGUCGCGGUAAACUUUGUUAUGGCGAAAGGGCGUUUGGCGCCGCUAAAACCAACUACCGUUCCACGUCUUGAGCUAAGAGCAGCCGUUUUGGCCGUGGAGCUGUCACUCAUUAUCAAAAAGGAACUGCGCCUCCCUAUAGCUGAUGUUGAGUACCACAGCGACUCCCAGAUCGUACUCCAUCAACUGCACUCCAGCGGGACAAAACAGCCCACGUUCGUAAACAAGAGGAGAGAAUACAUCCUUCAACACUCCAAAGUUGAUAGCUGGCACUUCGUUCCUAGCGCUGACAACCCGGCAGACGACUCUACGCGGAACACGGUGCCUAAAGAUUUCGGAAUUAGCUGCCGAUGA